AUGACCCCGGAUAAAGCUGCAGAAAAAAGAGGACUGGAUGGUUCAUGCAGACCUUGGGUGGUGCACAGAUCCCUGUGCAGUGUGUUCUCUGACCUGCUGCCGUCUGAGUUGGACCCCUGCUCCCCAAACCCGUGUCAGAACCGAGCCCUGUGCAGAGUUCGGGGGCGGAGCUUCGCCUGUUUCUGUGUCCCGGGAUUCCAGGGAGCUCAGUGUCAGAUAAACGUGAACGAGUGUGUGUCUGAACCCUGCGCCAACGGAGGCACCUGUGUGGACCGAGUGGGGACCUAUGAAUGUGUGUGUGCUCCAGGGUUUACAGGCCUCUCGUGUGAGCUCCACGUAGACGCCUGUCACUCAGGGCCCUGUCUUAAUGGCGGCCGUUGCCAUGACGACGUGGACGGCUUCAGCUGCACCUGCCCGCUCGGUUUCCACGGCGAUCGCUGCCAAAUAAACACAGACGAGUGCCAGGAUCAGCCCUGCCGGAACGGAGGCCGCUGCAGAGACGGAGUGAAUGAAUACAGGUGUGAGUGCUCAGGCACAGCCUUCACUGGAGAACACUGUGACAUCCCCCUCUCCUCCUGCCACUCUCAGCCCUGCUUCAACAGCGCCCUCUGCCAGGACACUCCAGGGAACUACAGCUGUCAGUGCUGGAGAGGCUUUGAAGGGCGUCACUGUGAGCUGGACAUCCCUGAGUGUUCUAGCGCCCCCUGUCUGCACGGCGGACGCUGUGUGGAGAGGUCAUGGCAGGUCCUAUAUGGCAGUGAGCCUUUGUUACCUUUAACCUUUGACCCACAAAACGCCGAGGGGUUCAUCUGCAGCUGCCCCAAAGGAACCAAAGGUUCUUUGUGUGAGGAGGUGAUCGACCAGUGCUCCCCCAGCCCCUGUCUGAACGGUGGCACCUGCGAGAGCCUGGUGGGCGAGUACCUCUGCCACUGCCCCACACUACACCCCCCCAGCGGAGUGCCCUACGGAGGGGCAAACUGUGAGGAGAGGCUGGUCGGGUGUGAGGGUCAUAAAUGCCAGAACCACGGCAGCUGUGCCCCCUUCCUCCUGGACGGGACCCACGGCUACACCUGCUCCUGCCCCCCUGGCUUCACGGGGCCCCUGUGUCAGACCUCCACCACCUUCUCCUUUGAGCGGAGGGGCUACCUGCUGCUCCAGAGCCCCCUGGUGGAGACCGAAGUGUCAGUGAAUGUCACACUGAGCUUCAAGACUGUGCUGCCCAAAGCGGUGCUGUUUCAGAGGAACACUCGGGGUUUGCUCCUCACUCUCUCUCUCCUCUCUGGGCGGCUCAGACUUAUUUUAACCAAAGACUCUUCUGCUGCUGAACUUCCUGAAUCCUCAGGGGAGAGUCCGGUCCAGGUGUUGGAUCUGCCCCAGAGCGUCUCUGAUGGACAGUGGCACUCUGUGGAGGCCACGCUGGGAAACUGGGUCCUCAGCCUCAAACUGCUGGACCUGCCCCACAGCUACGGCCUGCAGACCUACCACAAGGUGGCGCCGGUGCUGGUCCCAGCCCAGCCCAUCUCCCCUCCCCAGAGCACGUUCAUCGGGGGGGUGGUGGAGGGUCAGUACCGGGGGGCGGGGCUGGUGGGCUGCCUCAGAGACGUGUUUGUGGACUGGCAGCUGGUGAUCCCAGAGGAGUGGCACAGUAACUCUGCAGUGAACCUGGUGCACGGGUGCCACCACAGGGACCGGUGCCUGGACGCCCCCUGCCAAAAUAAAGGAGAGUGUGUGAACCUGUGGCAGAGCUACCAGUGCAUCUGUGCCCGGCCCUACGAGGGCCACGACUGUGAGGAGGAACAUGUGACCGCACGUUUUGGACACGAGGACUCCCAAAGCUUCGCCACCUUCACCAUCACGGACAAUAUCACGGAUCACAUGACCAUCUCCCUCUUCCUCCGCACACGCAAAACACACUGCCUCCUGCUGGCAUUGUCCCGGAACUACACGCUCUACUUCAGCAUGUGGUUAGAGGAAGGCCAGGUGCUCUUCCAGCUCCACCCUUUUGGCAUCAUCAAGUCUAAAAACGCUAUAAACGAUGGGGAAGUACACUUUAUCAACCUGGAAAUGGCGAAUGGGACUAUGAUCCUGUACAUACAAGGAGAAAAACAAGGAUAUCUGGAUGUUGAGACUAUGGGUAUCCAAAGUGGAGACACUGUUUACGUCGGGGGGCUUUCGGAGAGUGAGGAUUUGAAUGUUUUUGGAGGAAAUUUGAAAGGCUGUGUUCAAGAUUUGCAGAUAAAUGAUAAGAGACUGCAGUUUUUUGGUUUGGACACUUCAGUGAAAUCAUAUCCUCUGCUCCAACUGGAAAAUGUGACGGCAGGAUGCACUGGCGAUGACAAAUGCAGUUCAAACCCCUGUCUGAACGGGGGCAUGUGCUUCUCUGAGUGGGACGACUUCAGCUGCUCGUGCCCUCCCAGUACCACAGGACGACACUGUGAGGAGGUGCGCUGGUGUGAGCUGGCCCCCUGCCCCCUAGAGGCCGAGUGCAGAGUGCUCAGAGAAGGAUACGAAUGCUACUCCAACGCCACCUUCCUGAACGACUCCACUGUUCUGAUUUACCGAGGAAACGGCCAAAUCCUUCGCAACAUCACCAGCCUCUCCUUUAAUCUGCGAACACGGAAACGCAACGCCGCCAUCCUCCACGCCGAAAACGCCUCCUCUUUCAUCACUCUGUCCGUCCAGGAGGGAUAUUUGUUUUUAGAACUUCUGAACGACGACGGAGACAAAGUGUCCAACGGCAGACGGCGGCGAGUAUCCACAGUUAGCCUCAGCAGUCAGAGAACAGUUAGUGAUGGAGAAUGGCACAACGUUCACUUGUUCAUGGCUACACCUUGGACUCAAACUUCUCGCUGGACGUUGGUUUUGGAUGAGGAUGUAGAAGAGGCAAGCACUUCCAAAACGCAAGCUGGAAACCUGGACUUUUUGCGAGAAGAUGUUGACAUUUUCUUAGGUGGACUCACUCCUGAUGCGGGCUGGGCUCUGGCUGGUUGUCUGAGCACCGUGGAGCUCUCGGGCGUCGCGUUGCCUUACAUCACCCCGUCCGACGUCAACCUCCCCCGGCUCCAGCUUGACCAGUUCGUCCUGACCUCCCAGAAUGCGCCUCUGCUCGGCUGUGGCGGCGCUUCCGUGUGUGAGCCCAAUCCUUGUCUAAACGGGGGGCAGUGUCAGGAUUUGUUUAACUAUUUUAACUGCAGCUGCGUGGGGGGGUGGGCCGGCCGGCGCUGCGACCUUUUCGUUAACGCCUGCGCCUCGGACCCCUGUCGCCACGGUAACUGCACUGUGCGGGGACUGUCGUAUGAGUGUGCGUGUGACUGGGGGUUUGUGGGAUUGGACUGCGAGGAGGAGGUGGACAUGUGUGAGAAUCAUCUGUGCGCUAAUGGAGGGACAUGUCUCCACGGGCCCCAGACCUACUCCUGCCUCUGUCCAGACAACUACACAGGACCAUUCUGCAGUGAACGCAUACGAGAAAUACCUUGGUACAUGAUUGUCAAAACUGUACGUCCCAAACUGCCAGUGUCUGUGUGUGGAGACAAUCUGAGGAACUACACCUGUUUUAAUGGAGGAAACUGCACAGAGAGAGACCUGUCCUGUGACUGUCCCCCAGGCUUCACCGGGCACAGGUGUGAGCAGGAGCUGGACGAGUGCAGGUCAAACCCCUGUUUAAAUGGAGGAUACUGCAGAAACCUCAUCAACAGGUUCUCGUGUGUGUGUGACAUGAGCUACGCCGGAGAUGUCUGCGAAAUCGAUAAGAGCGUCGCGUCGUACAGUUCUCGCGUGGCCGCCGUGUUGGUACCAUGUCUGGUUGCCAUGACGAUCGCGCUGCUGUUGUUGUUGGCGAUGGGUGUGGCCAAACUGAAAGAGAAGCGGCGCACGGAAGGAGACUACAGACCCAGGCAGCUGGACCCCCAGGGGGCCCGCGAGCCGCCCGUUGAACUGCACGUCCCCUCCUUGAGCAGUAUGGCCGCCCACUCGUCCUCCCUGAGCAGAAUGGUGGCGAGCGCGGAGAGGCUGGUGUAGACAGGGACAGGCCCGCGUUCAGGAUCAGAAGCUCACCUCUCAGGGCCUGUCCUCCACCCUGCUUCUCUCCAUCAGUCUGCUCUCUGUGCUUCUGCUGCUCCUUCUCGUC